UUGAUUGUUAAUAAUAUAAUUAUAAUAAAAUUCUGGUCAAAGUUAAAUCAUUUAUUUUAAUUAAUUUAGUUAUAAGAAAAAACUGUUACUAAUAUAUCAUAAAUAACGUGGAAAUUUUCGCUAGAAAGCACAACAAAUACUCCGCUACAGGGGCACGACCAAUGUGCUCCCAUGGAACCCAGUUAUCUUGCCAUUUCUUAAAAGGGCACGUUUGGAGUCGAUUACGCAUUUUGUAGCCAUAAAAUUCGAUCGUCAACUCAUCACCGCAUUGGUGGAGAGAUGGAGAAAGGAGACACAUUGUUUCAACUUUGGCGAAGGAGAGUGAACCAUCACGCUAAAGGACGUCGCCAUCCUAACCCAUCUGCCCAUCGACAACAAAGCGGUGUGUGUGAUUGAUCAUCCCCCGAGGAUCGUGACGGUAUGACCGGUUGGCAGCAUUUCAUCCACAGUGUUUUGGGGGUGAAAGUACAAAUCAAAGGGAGCGUUGAUGUGACGGAUGUUUGACCGUCUCCAGAAUGACCUCCAACGCCUACGACCGCCUCGGUGUAAACGAACAUCUCGGCUUUGGAAAGAUUGUUCCACCGUCUCCAGAAUGACUGUCUCCAGCAUUUCAUCCACCAUGAAUACCAGAUGUUUGACAGUCUCCAGAAUGACCUCCAACGCCUACGACCGCCUCGGUGUAAACGAACAUCUCGGUUUUGGAAAGAUUGUUGGAACUCAAGAAUUCGAGCAUGGAAUCUACUUCAUCCUGAGUGGUUAUGAGAUAUUCCUCGCGCCACAACGACCCGCCUUCUCUAUUUGGAUAUCGGUACACCAUACGAUCAACUCUUCUCGUGCCAUCCAUGCAAGUAACAUUAGUACACAUUUGAUAGAGGUCUUCAAGCAUCAGUCUGGUAGCGACCUUUAUUUUCUGAAAAUUGCCACCGACGUAGGUGACCCCCUUUCCGGUCUCUUCCGUGAACCAUUCCACCGUAACUCAAGCGUGAACUUUUGGAAUGGCAUCUACAAAAAAACUGUAGUUCAGUUAAUAUCAUAAAAAUCACAAAUCACAAUAAAAAAUAAUACAAAAUAAACUUACGAGUUAACGUUAACCGCAAAAACACUAAAGAAGUAGGGAGCUACAAAAGAAAAUUGAAAAGGGAGAAGGAGAGGUGUGAAGAGAAGAGGUUCCUCGGGGCUGUCUUUUAUAGGCAAAAUCAUCAAUGAAAACCACAUGGGGAGGGUGCCAUUUUCAUCUGCCAUGCAGCCCCACGUCUGUCAACCUGCAUGGCAACAUGUUUGAUGUCGGAAAAAUGGGGACGACACACAAACCGCAUGGGGGUGGGGGUUGAGGUUUGUGUGGGCAAAACCGCAUGUUGAGGGUGCAGUUUGUUUUGGAGAAACAAAACCGCAUCCCCAACGUGCGAUUUUGCUAGGUCUGAGCAAGAACCGUACAUGGGCCAUGCGGUUCUGUAAGGUCAGACACGAAACCGCAUGGCCAAGAUGCGGUUUUGGCCCAGAACCUUAAACCGCACCUUGGGCGUGCGGUUCAUAUUCAAACCGCACCUUGGAGGUGCGGUUUAAAAAGAAGGGUUCUAUUUUUGUAAUUUCUAUGGGCUGGGUGCUAUUUUUGUAAUUUUUUUUAAAAAAGUGCUAUUUAUGGAAAAAACCCUAACUUGAACAAUAUAGGUAUUUUCUUAUCUAAGAAUUAUUUCAUUAUUUAAUUUUUUUUUAUUUUUAUUUUACUUUAUUUUUUUAAGAGGACACCUCUAUGUAAAAUUUUUGGGUCCGCCAUUGAUUAUACUCCCUUUAUUUGUGCACAGAAUCGAGUUUGAGAUCCCAACUCUGAUUCCUGGUGAAAUCCCUAAAAAAAAUGCCAAAUUGAGUUAGGGAUCCCAACUCUUCCUCCCGGAGAAAUCCCUUGAAGCAGCUCAGCACUCAAGAACCGGAUGAAUUCUCGACGAAAGCUUCAACGGAAGCAUCCUUUGUCAUUAAUUGCGGUAUGGCGUUGAAUUGAAAAGAUUCUAUAAUUUGACUAUGCUUCUGAUGGCAUUUGCGAAUCCAAUGAUUUUGACCUAUGAUGCAACCUCCUCCUCCAUCGAACGAAUGCCUAUUUAAACCUCAGUAUCAAUAGUUUUAGAAUCAAACUUUGAAUUCGAAUUUCCUGCAAGUGACUCGGUAUCCAAACUUGGUUGAGCAAUUGACCACUAGGACAAUGCUUGUUCUCCUCAGCCAGAAACCAAUAUCCUCUCCUCCAGAUUGAAUUGAAUAACGCCAAGACUUGAUUUGUUGCAGUGGGAAACAAGCAAAUAUGUUGUCUUAUUGGGUGGAGGUGAGGCUGUUAUCGAAGGGUUGAAAGAUCGUUAGAGGAUUCCUGGCCGAAAGGACCCUGUGCUGUCAAUAAGGUUCUCACCUACCCAAAUUUUCUCUUAUUAAGUCACUCAUUGGUCAACUAGAUAUUGUCUUACUUAUGCAGGUUGCUGACUGGGGAAAUGGUCAAGGAUUCGAACAAUAGAAUUCACAUGUUUCAAUUUGAUUUCAAGUUGGAGAAAAUUACAUAUGCAGGCUGCUAACUGUUGAACUGUUAUUUGAAGCAAUCAACUUGAUCAAGUUAGUCCAAGUUGUAUUAUGCUUUCUUACAUUGUCUUUCAAACUCUGCUUAUCGGCUUAUUGUGGUGCUUUAUUUGGUAGGUCGCUCGGUCAUUUGCCUGAAUUUAUUUGGAUUUGAGAGCUGUGACUCAUAUAUAGUUGGAGGAAAAAGUUUCCAAUGAAUUCGAUAUGGAAAUCUGAUGACAGACUCCCUCAGAAAAUCAUUAUAAUAAACUGGUCUUUUUUAUAAUGCUUAUAACCAACUUCAGUAGUGUUUUGUGUCUCCAAAUCCAUACACGGAUUGAUCUAAUGUUUGCCUUGAGUAAGCUCACCAUUUAUGGUGGAUUAUGUCAUUCACAAUUAGUUCUUACUGACUUGCUUUUUUUUCUUUCUAGAAGGGGAAUACAAAAACAAACAGCCUAUACUACAAGUAGGAAGAGGGAAAACCAUUCCCUGGAGCACUGCUAUGCAUAUGCAAGAUCAUUACAAAUUAUAUGAAAAGAAGAAUUGGAACCAGGAGCAAGGAUCAUAGAUAGACAGACUAAGGAUGAACUGCACAAGGAAAACUACAGCAUCCCAAACCACAAGCACAUGUUCGGACCAUUCUUAUGUAUGUUGACUGAACUCUCUUCCUGUUACUUUUGCUUUUACUGCCUUGAUGUUCAUCAAUAAGCAUUUUCACUAACUUCUCAUGGCACCUUUUAUAGCCUUCUCCCAUCAAUAAGCAUUCCCACUAAGUUCCCAUGAAUUAUGAACUACCUCUGCGUGUUGCUAAAUCCACCGAUUCCACAUCGAGUCGAGAAAAGCAUAAAUCAGUUUAUUGACACAUGCCUUUAAUUUUACCCCAAUUCUCCUCCUGCUGGAUGAAAGUAUAGUAUUGAUGCUUUCUUCCCCUUUGUUCUAUAUAUUGUUCUUCUACUGUUGUGAGCUUAGUAUUCACAUAUUGUCUCUUUCAUUGCUAAAUAAUGAAAGGAUAACAUCAUAUUGUUUAAGGUAUAUCUUAUAUACAUAUUACAAGUUGAUUAUGUACGUUGUUGCUAGAGUUUUUAAAAGGACAGAAUAUAGGGCUAGGUAAAGAAUAGUUGGUGGAUUGAUCAGAAGGCAAUCUAAUAUUGUUAUCUUCCUAUCAAUCAUAAAAUGCUUUGUUAUUGGUUUCCUCCUAAGUUUGUUAAUUAAUGUUCAUAUAUAACAAAUUUCUUAAAAUUCGCAAUUGCAGGUCUUCUUUUAGUUGUGUUGCAGGGAGUUCCCUUUGCCAAGAGUUGUCCCGCAACAAAUCGUUAUUUUAUUUUAGAAGUCAGAGUGUUAACAUCUCAGUCAAAUGUUGCUUCGUUAGAACUUCGGUACUGUAGACAUAUAUAUAGGGUCACGGAUCUUUUCUUGCUGUAAGUUUGAAGUUCAGCGGUAAUGGUAUCUUGGGAAGCUUUGUUUUGAUGAUGCAUUAUUCUUGAAUUCUCAUCUCCUGUCCAACCAUUGGUUUAGUAAUUAUGACUAACUUGUUCCUCAAUCAAGCCACAACCAAUGACAGACAAAUUUCUGGGAUCAUUGAUUUUACUUGCUGUAAGUUUGAAGUUCAGUGGAGAUGGUUUCAUGGGAAGCUUUGUUUUGAUAGUGCAUUGCUCUUGAUUCUUGGUAAUUACGACUAACUUCUUCCUCAAUCAAGCCACAACUAAUGA